UGCCCGUGCUGCUCUCUCCCCAGGACUCACAGCCGUCACCCCUGGCCCUGCUGGCMGCCACAUGUAGCAAGAUCGGUCCCCCGGCCGUGGAAGCGGCCGCCACGCCGCCGGCCCCUCCGCAGCCCACCCCUCGCAAACUGGUGCCCAUCAAACCCGCCCCGCUGCCCCUGGGCACGGCCAAGAGCGGCAUCGGCAUCCUGUCCUCCAAGGGCAACCUGUUCCAGAUCCAGGGCUCGCAGGUGGGCGCCUCCUAYCCCGGGGGGCAGCUGGUGUUGGCCAUCCAGAACCCGGCCGUGCUGGGCAAAGCCACGCGCUCCUCGUCAUCGUCRUCAUCCUCGUCCAACAUCCAGUACCAGGCGGUGCCCGGCGCGGCUCAGGCCAUCCAGGUGCAGCCCAACCAGAUCCAGAUCAUCCCGGGCACCAACCAGGCCAUCCUCACGCCUUCCUCAUCAUCCUCAUCCUCCUCGUCCUCGCACAAGCCCGUGCCCAUCAAACCGGCGCUGGCGCAGAAAGCGGCGGCCGCGGCGGCUGGAGUGGUCAAACUGCCCGGUGGUGGCAACGUCACCCUGACCCUGCCCGUCAACAACCUGGUGAGCGCCGAGGCGAGCGGGCAGCCCCAGCUGCUGACGGACAGCCCUUCCAAAAACGCCAAAAAACCCCGCAAAAAGGCCGUGUCCCCGGGCCAGCCCGCCGCCGUGGCCGUGGCCGAGCAGGUGGAGACGGUGCUGAUCGAAACCACGGCCGAAAACAUCAUCCAGGCCGGCAGCAACCUGCUGAUCGUGCAGGGCCCGGCGGCGGGCCAGCCGGCCGUGCUGCAGCAGCUGCAGGUGCUGCAGCCCAAGCAGGAGUCGCAGGUGGUGCAGAUCCCGCAGCAGGCGCUGCGCGUGGUGCAGGCGGCCUCGGCCACGCUGCCCACCGUGCCCCAGAAAGCCUCGCACAACUUCCAGAUCCAGGCGGCCGAGCCCACGCCCACACAGGUACGGCCUCCUCCGGGGGGGAUCUGCCCGGUUCUUGCCCGUGGCUGGGAUGAGCCAGGGAACUCCUGGGAAACGGGGGAGGUGGGACAGGGGUUGGUGUCGUCAGGCUGCGGGGCCAAAGCUGGGACCUUUGUCCAGGAGUCCCCCAAAGUCCAGCUUGACCUCCGUGGGAGGGACCCCAUCACCCACGGGUGCCGUGAGCUCAGCCAGGACAUUCCUGUGCCACCAAGGAGCCACCAAGGAGCCACCAAAGAGCCACCAAAGAGCCACCAAAGAGCCACCACAUCCCUCAGCUUCGCGCUUCCCUCUGCCUGCGCUCCUUCCCUCCGUGCUGCCUUCGCUCCUCCGCUGCCAAACCCCUCGUUUUUCCCUUCCUCCUCCUCCUCUCAUCCUCCCCACCCUAAUCCCGACCUAAUCCCAAUCCUAAUCCCAAUCCCAACCCCGCUUGCUGAYGCUGACCCCCCGUCUUCUUCUUUCCAGCCCCCGUCACGGCUGCCGGGGACGCCCGAGCCUGGAGCGCCCCUUAGGCUGCGGGGGCAGCAGCAGCUGACGGUGCAGAACGUUUCUGGAAAUAAYGUGACCAUCAGCGGGCUGAGCCCCACGCAGAUCCAGCUGCAGAUGGAGCCGGGCGACCCCGGGAAGAAGAAGCACAUCUGCCACAUCCCCGAGUGCGGCCGCACCUUCCGCAAAACGUCGCUGCUGCGGGCGCACGUGAGGCUGCACACGGGAGAGAGACCCUUCGUGUGCAACUGGGUGUUCUGUGGGAAACGCUUCACCCGCUCCGACGAGCUGCAGCGGCACGCCAGAACCCAUACAGGUGACAAACGCUUCGAGUGCGCGCAGUGCCAGAAACGCUUCAUGCGCUCCGAC